AUGGCGGCCGAGGCACUCGUUAACCACCCAGUGCUGGAGCACUGGCUGCGUUUCAUCGCGACUACUGUCGCGCGCGACAAGGUGCUCCGCACGUUCCAGUACUUCUCUCGCUUCUAUGCCUGGUACCUGUACCGUUUGAACAAGCCGCAGUCGGCCAUCGACCCCUACAAUGCCGUGCAGAAGCAGUUUGCCACGACCCGCAAAAUCUUGCGCAUCGGCAAGUUUGCCGAGCACUUGAAGGCCGCCUUGAUCACUUUGGACCACAAGAACGUUGCUGAUCCGGUCCUGCGCUACCUUGCCGUCGGCCGCCAGCUGGGCUACGCCGGCUACCUGACCCUCGACACAGUGACGGUCAUGGACGCCGUUGGGUACCGCAAACUGACGGGUGUAAAGCGCAUACAGGAGAGCGCUCACCGGGCUUGGGCGAUGGGACUGAUGUGCAGCGCCGUUGCGAAUGUUUAUACGCUGUUCCGCCUGCAGGAGGAGGAGAACACUGUAGAUCGGAAGGAGGGUGAAGGUCUCGCUGAGGUGAAGAAAAUCGAGAGGCAGCGGACCGCCACCCAGAUACAGCUCAUCUCCGACCUGUGCGAUUUGACCGUGCCCGCUGCUACCCUGGGAUUUAACCAGAUCGACGAUGGCCUGGUCGGCCUCGCUGGUACCGUCAGCUCGCUGAUCGGUAUGUGGUCGGAGUGGCACAGGGCCGCAUAA